CAUGUAGCUAUAAAACACAAUCAAUACAACAAAUUGUAAACAACUUAGUCAGUAGUCACAUGUACAAAUACAAUCUAGUUGAGUCUAGCUGUGUACUGAAAGUAAAUUGUACGCUGUGAUAACAGGACGUCAAUCCGGCUGCUUCUGAGGACUUUGUAUAUUAUAUCCUGAAAUUAAUCAUCUCUAAUAUUGAAGUACGACUCCAGGGAAUAGCAGUGCAACAGCGAGUGGUAUUGAGAGAAAGUGAACGCAGUCAUAUGAAGUUCAGCCACAAGCUAUAAAAUGGCCACAAUUGAAGAAUCAGCAGAUACUCGUCUCAGAAGGGUUCUGAUAGCAGUUGAUGCCUCGCCCCAAUCUGAGGAAGCUUUCUCAUGGUACUUUGAGAAUAUCCACAAAGAAGAUACGGAGAUUAUUCUAGCCCACUGCCCAGAGCAGCCCAACUUCCCGUAUUAUACAUUCGACACAGAAACCUUGUACAGCUUAGCAUGCAGCACCAAGCCCCAGGAUCAAACUCCAGAAACCAAAGAGCAAGAGUCAAACAAACCCGGAAUGGCUAUUUCUGGCGGCGACUGGGAGAGGGUAGUCCAAGAGCAUAAAGAGGCCACCGAUGAGCUAAUCAAACAUUUCCAGAAACGCCUCCAGGAUCUCAAGGUGAAACAUAAGGUCCACGUACAGCAGCAGGUAGCAGGGGCAGGGGACGCUAUCUGUCAGGUGGCAGAGAGCGAGGGAGUGGACCACAUCGUCAUUGGCUCCCGGGGAAUGGGCGCCAUACGCCGCACAAUUCUUGGCAGCGUCUCCGACUAUGUCCUCCACCACGCCAAAGUUCCCGUCACAGUACAUCUCAGGAGACACUAGACAGUGGACCUAUGACGUCAUUAUACAUAUAUGAGACACUAGACAUUAAUCGUACGGCGUCUCUGUGACUAGUCGAGACAUGAGGUCGUGUCGAUAUAUAAUUACUCGGUUGUUGGUACUUUUAUUUUGACAUUUCUUUUUUCAUUUAAUUUGUAAUAAGUGCAAUGCAGAGGACAUUGGUACAUAAGUUUAAUUUAAUCAGACAUUGGUCAAAUAUAACAGACUAAAUCGUGUAGCAUCGAUGAUAUACGUGUAAAAAGGUGAUUUGAAAUAAAUAAUUGGCGGUAAUCUCGAGU